GGGCUAGAUCGAAAAGCCCAAUUAGGCAGCGAAGUAGGGGUCGAGACAUUCACCAGCAGAAGUUAUCAGUCGUUCUUCUCCUCCAUUCUCUUCCUCUCUCGUCUUUCCUCCCUUUUCUUAUGAUCUCUUUAUACCCUAACUUACCCUUCCAUUAUACAAUCGAUUCUGUUUCUUCAUGGGAACUAUUCAAACCUUCGUUCAUUUAUUAGCAUGGGUUUCUUUUACAUGGUCACCUGGAAUUGCUCAUUCACUUUCACCUCCGGUUAUGGAUUCCAAAAAAAAUUCUCCCAUGAAUAAAUUCCUGAUGCAGUCCUAUUAUGACAGGCACACCGAUUUACACAAUUCCGAUUUCGAAAACUUUGUGUCUCAAGAAGUCACUUCUGGCUUGUGUGAAGUGCUUCCACAUAAUCAUGAUCUUGUUUGGAGAUUGUCAGAUAUAAAACGCAAUCUUACUGGUGAAGGUUCCCAUCGUAGUGUGUCGACAUUGAUCAAAUUCCAAAGCCAACAUUUAAAGUCUCUGUCUGAACUGUUGAGCCACUCUUGUGAACUCAUAUUUAUUGAAAGACUUCCUUCCGGAGUUUUUGCUGACCCAUUUGAGUUACAACAUCUUGUUCAUCGUGGUGUGUUCAGUGACAUAGCUGUCUUUGGUGAUACAAAUCUGGAGCUACCUUCAUUCUUGUCCAAUCGUUCUGUUGUUGAAAUUCACUUAGUUGUAGACCCAAAUAUAUUGCAAAAUCCGACUGAUAUCAAGAUUGAGCUUCCCUUGCAUGCUCGAUAUCAAUCUCUAAAUGAAACUGGGUACUCAACAGUUGAAUUUGGUACACCGGAUAUGUUAAUUCGUUGUAGCACAAAGGACAAGGUGGAAAACCACUAUUGCUUCUUCAAAUUAGAAAAAGGUGAUGCUAAUGUCUACGUCAGUCAUAUUGUUUGGAGAAUACCUUCUGGCAUAAAUAAGCAUGCUGGCCUUGUUUCUACGGUUACAUUUACUGCAGCUUUGUUAUCAACUCUUACAAUUGUUGUUGCAUCGUUAUAUUAUUUCAAAUAAAUGGUUGAAAAAAGAUUUAAAAACAUCGUAUGACAAUAUUGAUUUAAAUUAAAGAAGAAAAGUAUAAGAGGAAUUUUAGCAUUGGAAAGGGGCAGGAUGAUCCAAAAUGAAGCAUACAAUGGCUAAAACAAUUAUUAACAAAUAUUAAAAAUAUGAAAUUAUAAUAUAGUUACUUAAAUGUAUCAUGCCUUUUAGGUUACAUAUAUUUAGAGAUGGCAAUCUGUUUCCGAGAAUAUUGUUUAAAUUUGUCUUGUUUUAAUGAAAAU